AAAAAACUAAAGUAGUUUGUAGUAAUUUUUGUGAAGUAGGAAAAAAAAUUUAUAGCUUAGAGUUGUUCGUGCUGAAAACGUGUUAGAGAUUAAGGGAGGAAGAGUAAGAGAAGUAGAUGCAAAAAUGUAGUAGAUUAAAAGCGUGUUACGACACUUACACAAUUACAGUGUUACACUAGUUGAGCUGAGCACUCCAGAUUUCCCAGUAUCUUCAAUUCAAUUCUUGCUGAUAAUUUAGCCCUACAUCUCUCUCUCUCUCUAUCUUUCCUCUAAUCUAUGUACUGAUUCCUCCUGUGUUUGUGAUUCCUUUGAACAAUGCGAACAUUCCUUCAUUCUCUUACUUUUUUAGCCCUUCUUUGUCUUCCUUAUCUCUCUCCUGCUGCUGCUGCUUCUACUCCUGCUGGUCCAUUCAUUAAACAUCUCUCUUCCUUUCUCAAAUGGACCAAGAAUUCCCCUAAAUCUACCCAAUCAGAUGGACCUGUAGUUCAGUUUGAGAAUGGGUACUUAGUGGAGACAGUGGUGGAAGGAAAUGCACUUGGAGUUGUACCUUACUCGAUCAGGAUUGCCGAGGAUGGGGAGCUCUUUGCUGUUGAUUCUGAUAAUAGCAACGUUGUUCGAAUCACUCCUCCACUUUCACAAUAUAGUAGGGCGAGGUUAGUGGCUGGAUCAUUUCAGGGUAAAACAGGGCAUGUAGAUGGUAAACCAAGUGAUGCUCGUUUUAAUCAUCCUAAAGGAGUCGCAAUGGAUGAUAAAGGAAACGUGUACAUUGCUGACAUCGACAAUCUUGCUGUUAGAAAGGUUGGAGAAGGGGGAGUGACAACAAUUGCUGGGGGGAAGUCAAAUGUUGCCGGCUACAGAGAUGGACCAAGCGAGGAUGCAAAGUUUUCCACAGAUUUUGAUGUGGUGUAUGUUCCUUCCACUUGUUCUUUGUUAGUUGUUGACAGAGGAAAUGCUGCACUUCGGCAAAUUUCUCUCAACCAAGAAGACUGUGAUGCUAAUUACAGCUCCAUUUCAGUGUCAGAUAUUGUCAUGGUCAUUGGUGCUAUUUUUGCUGGUUAUGCCUCAUGCUUGCUUCAUCAGGGUUUUGGACCUGCAUCUUUCCCCAAAUUUCUUCAACCUUCUGCAUCAGAUGUUCUGCAAAAAUCACUCCAGGAGAAGCAAAAUUCAAUCUUAGGCAGCAUUAAGGAGGAACACGUGGCUGAACCUGGAUGGUCUUCAUUUGGACAUAUGAUAUCUGAUCUUUCAAAACUAGCCCUCGAGUCGCUCAGUAAUGCUGUUGUUUCCUUUAUACCCUCUCGUUUUAGCUCAAGGAAAGGACUCACUCCCAUAAAAGACUCUCAUAAGAUGCCAGAAGAUAAAGUCAAUCCUCAAUUAGCCCAAAAGCAGAGAACUCCUGCCCCUCUUUCGGAAUCCUGGAAGGCAUAUGGCCCGAGUACUACAGAGAAAUAUUCUGAAGCAAAGGCCUAUGCCGGGAAUACAACAGAGAAAUAUCCUGAAGGAAAGGGUUCAAAGAUGAGAUCAAGUACUUUGAAGGACGCUUCUUUGCCAAGUAAACAAAGAUCUUCCAAGCGACAUGAAUAUUCAGAAUUUUAUGGCUCAAGUGAAGUCCCUCAUCAUAGUGGGCAAACCAGAUCUAAAGCUCAUAAAGAGAGGUCAAAGCAUCGUAACCGAGAUAAGAGCAGAGAACUAAGUUCAGGGGCUCCUGCAGCCCAACCUAAACCUAACGAAUUUAAAGAGGUGACUUACACUGAUCCAAGGUUUAACCCUUACAAUGUCGAAAAUAGAUACAUGCCAGAUGGUUCCUACCGUUUUUAACCGGACUUUGACGGAUAGUGAUGAUGGCAUGUCAUGAUAGCUAAUUUUGUUCGUUAGAUGAUGUUGUACAACUAAUUAACUCUCUUUGCUUAGUCUUAGUAUAUUGUGAGUAGAUAUUAGAUUUAAAAUAUCCGAGCUACUCGAGGAUGUGUUUCAUUCAACUGGGAAUCAUUUUGAUGGGCUGUGUUAGAUGUGACCGUUUGAGAGCUUGGAUGGAGCAUGUAUGCUGGCUGUAUUGGUGUUUUUCUUGAUAUCUUAGAACUUGGUCCCAAAUGCUUUGUUGCA